AUGCGGUAUGCACGACACGUCAGCAUAAUAGAUUCACCAAUCUCGCCGGUUGAGGCUCCAUUACCUGGUUCAGUUUCAACAUCAGUUCAUUUCGGCGCUACUGGUUGUUCAGAAAACGAUUUCCGCUGUAAUGAUGGUAAAUGUAUCAGGUUUGAAUGGAAGUGUGACGGGUCGGGCGAUUGUUCAGAUGGUGAAGAUGAGAAGAAUUGCCCACAUCCUGGCUGCAAAUCGGAUCAGUGGCAAUGUGACAAGUACGAGUGGCGCUCAGCUUCUUGUAUUCCAGAAUACCAACGAUGUGAUAAUAUCACAGACUGUGCGGACGGUUCGGAUGAAGUGGACUGUCCAGCGCCGAGCGUAUCCUGCAAUGUCAAUGAUGGCUCCGUAUUCCAGUGCGCUGAUGGAAGACAAUGUUUUGAUAUAGCAAAAAAAUGUGAUGGAAAGUACGACUGCAGAGAUCUAAGUGACGAAAAGGAUUCCUGCCCGCACAACCAUACAGCAUGCUUCCAAUAUCAGUUUCGUUGUGCAGAUCAAUCACAAUGUAUUCAAAAGUCAUGGGUUUGUGAUGGCUCAAGUGAUUGCUCUGAUGGUUCAGAUGAACCACCAACAUGUGAAUUCAAACAAUGCAGUGGUGGUGAAUUUCAAUGCAAAAACAAAAGAUGCCAGCCGCGGAAGUUCCGUUGCGACUAUUACGAUGACUGUGGUGAUAAUUCUGAUGAAGAAGGAUGUGGACAGUAUCUUUGUCCACCACAGCAGUGGAACUGCCCUGGUUCGGGUCACUGCAUACAUAAAACUAAAUUAUGUGAUGGAAAAAACGAUUGUUCAGAUGGUGCCGAUGAAAAGAAUUGCUCAUCCAAUCUUUGUCCAUCGUUGGGAUGUCAAGCCGGAUGCCAUUCAUCACCAUCUGGCGGAGUCUGUACUUGUCCCGUCGGCUACAAACUGGAUGAACGAUUCCACAGAACUUGUUCCGAUAUCAAUGAAUGUGUUGAAUGGGGUUACUGCGACCAGGGUUGUCAGAAUCACCGUCCUGGAUUCACCUGCUCGUGUCUUGGCGAAUGUUAUCAUCUGGAAAUGAUGCACGGUCCUGGCAGUGACAAUCACACUCUGCGAGGAUACUGUUUAUCGCGAGACUCGGAUACUAUGCGACUGUAUAUCGCAAGGAGAGAGGGAUUGUACAGGAUAAAUCCAUAUGAUCCAAGUGAAGAGACAAAAAAACUGGUUUCCGGUGAAUUCAUUUAUGGCAUCGGAUUCGAUUUUGGAGACAAGAAGAUGUUCUGGACCGAUCGAUUGUCACAUUCAGCAUUCAGUGCCGAUAUUGAUGAUAGUGGAGAUAUAAGAAAUAUUAAGAAACUUGACUUGAAAAAUUUAAUUUUUCCGCGAAAUUUGGCCGUUGAUUGGAUUACGAAUCAUUUAUAUAUAAUCGAGUCUGGAUCAAGGCGAAUUGAUAUUUCAGCCUUUAAUGGCGAGAGAAGAACUGUUCUGAUUGCUGACGGCUUGAUGCUACCGUUAGAUAUCGCCCUUGAUCCAAUUAGAGGUUUAGUUGAUAUUGCCGCCAAACGAGUUUACUGGGUUGAUCCUAAAGUUGAUCGGGUGGAAUCCAUCGAUUACAAUGGAAACGAUCGGCGAAUAGUUAUCCAGGGGAUGAACAAUGUACCUCAUCCCUUUGGUCUUACCAUAUUCGAUCAGUAUCUUUACUGGACAGAUUGGACACGUCUUGGCAUUAUGCGUGUUGAGAAAUUCGGCUCACCGACAGAUAUUAUUUGGACAAAGAAGGAAAAUAAUGUAUUCCCAAUGGGUAUCGUAGCAUAUCAUCCAAUGGCUCAAGUUGGACCUCAAGAAAGUGAAUGUCUUGGUUUAAAAGUCGAUAAUCCAUGUGUUGAAUCAGAUUGUCAAGGAAUGUGUAUUCUAAGUAAAGAUGCUGAUGGACUCGGUGUUGGUUACCGAUGUAUUUGUCCUAUAGGACAGAAAUUAAUCGAUGGAAAAAGAUGCGUUGAUUCCACAGACUAUCUCUUAUUUAGUAGUAACAAAAUAGUGCGUGGCAUAUUCCCGGAAAUAGACCAAAAUUCGCUAAGCGAAGCAAUUUUGCCCAUAUCGCCAGUUUCACAACGUCGUAUUGGAAUGUACUUUGAAGUGGAAUGUGACAUUCAUGGCAAUAGCUUCUUCUAUGCUGAUAUCAUGGACAACACCAUCUAUAGAGUAAAGCCAGAUGGAGAAGGUUCUGCUCCAAUACUGGUGACUCACAAUGAUGGAUUAGUUUCAAUGUCAUUUGACUGGUUGUCAAAGCAACUUUAUUAUGUUGACAAUAUUAGAAAUAGUCUUGAAGUCGUCAAGAUAUCUGAACAAGGUCUUGUUCAUCCGGAUCAGCUAAUUCAUCGGCAAUUGCUGAACGGCUUGCGUGAUCCCGUUGCUGUUGCUGUGCAUCCAUGGCAUGGAAUAUUAUUCUUCGCGGAAGCUCAACGGCCUGCAAAAAUCUACCGAUGCAUAAUAGAUGCAAGUAACUGUCAAACUAUACGGAACACAACUCUCGGGCGGCCAUCCAGCAUUGCUAUCGAUUUCUCGGAGGAUCGACUAUGCUACGGUGAUACGUUGUUGAAGACGAUUAACUGCAUGAACUUUGAUGGCUCAAAUCCGUAUAUCCUAUCUGUAGACAAUCCAAUUCCUGUUGCUAUCGCUAUACUUGGAGAUGCUCUGUAUUAUGUACAUCAGAGGCCGUAUUCAAUACGUCGUGUCGAUAAGCGAAACGGAGGCAAAGGUCGAAUUAUACGCGAAUUUACGGGCAAAGAUCGAAGUGUGUUCUCACUGAAGGCUUGUUCACCGGCUAAUCAACCGAUACCUGAUCCAUCGAUUGAGCACCCGUGCCAUUCAAGUGAUUGUUCUCAGCUUUGUUUUGGACUUCCCAAUACUUCAUCAUCAUCAGAAGCUCAGCCACUCGUAAAAAGAUGUGGUUGGUUCAAAAUAAAUCCAGAAAACAUGCGUAUUUGUCAGCGUGAUCGUCGUGAAGUUGUCGAAAUACUAUGUGCUAGUAAUUCAUCGCAAUUUUUAUGCGCUAAUGGACGAUGUAUACCAAAUGAAUGGAAAUGUGAUGGGGAGAAUGAUUGUCUCGAUGGCAGUGACGAGAGAGGACCAGAUGACAAACCUUGCUUUGUUCAAAAGGAAUGUCCACCGAAUACGAUUCGUUGUAAUAAUACGAAGAAAUGUAUACCUCAGCAAUAUGCUUGUGAUGGAGAUAAUGACUGCGGUGAUUAUUCUGAUGAAGAUGUGAAGUAUUGCAAAAAUGGCGAAAUCCCCGUUUGUGCAGCACGAAAGUUUCAAUGUGAUAACCAUCGAUGCAUUCCGGAACAGUGGAAAUGUGACUCGGAUAAUGAUUGCGGCGAUGGUUCAGAUGAAAAAUUGGAAAUGUGCACGAAUACGACAUGCUCUACUAACCAGUUCACAUGUGGUAAUGGUCGUUGUAUUCCGGUUUAUUGGCUUUGUGACGGUGAUAACGACUGCUAUGAUAACACGGAUGAAGAUAAAGAAAGAUGUCCGUCAGCACUUUGCCGUCCUGAUCAGUUCCGUUGUAAUAACAAACGACAAUGUAUCUCACUCAAAAAUCACUGUGAUGGACAACAAGAUUGCGACGAUGGAUCGGAUGAAGAAAGCUGUCUCUCUCAGAUAGAUAAAUGUACACACAAUGAAUUUACAUGCGCAUCUGAUGGACUUUGCAUACCGAUAGCAUGGAAAUGUGAUGGACAAAAAGACUGCGAAGAUGGAAGCGAUGAACCUGAAAGCCUGUGUUCAAGCGUUCAAUGUACCCAAGAUCAUUUCAAAUGUGCUAAUGGCCGCUGUAUUUUCAACACUUGGCUUUGUGAUGGAGAGAACGACUGUGGUGAUAAUAGUGAUGAAGAUGUAGAACACGGUUGUCAGCGUUCUCAACUGCUUGCAGUUCGAUGUCCUUUCGAACAUGUGGCAUGUCCAGGAGCUCCAGAUAUUUGCAUACCACUUCAUAACUUAUGUGACGGUAAAGAUCACUGUCCCGGUAAUACGGAUGAAGGUGGACGUUGUGCUAGAGAUCUCUGUGCUGCAGAUCGGGCUGCUUGUGCCUUCAAGUGUCAUAUGAGUCCUGAUGGUCCUCUUUGCUCAUGUCCCUUCGGUGAAACGCUUGUGAACAAAACUAAAUGUGAACCGGAAAACGAAUGCUUAGAUGCCCGUUCAUGCAGUCAAAUUUGUACUGAUGAAAAGCACGGAUUCACUUGUAGUUGCGAGGAGGGAUAUACACUGGAUGCCGAUAAAAGAACUUGUAAAGUUACUGAUGGUGUCCAAGAUAUGCGCAUAUAUGUGUCAAACCGUAAUCGCAUUUACUGGUCCGAUCGUUUUCUUGAGAAUUGGCAUACUUUCGAGGCACGGGUAGAGAAUGCAAUUGCAUUAGCUUGGGAUUCAGUGGAGGAUCGAGUUUAUUGGUCAGAUAUAAGAGAAAAGAAAAUUUACUCGGCAACACGGAAUGGCACAAAUGUGACAGUAUUCAUUAGUGAGGGUUUGGAUGUGACCGAAGGUAUUGCGUUGGAUUGGGUUGCGCGUAAUUUGUACUGGGUUGAUUCCAGUCUAAACACCAUAGAAGUGGCAUCGUUAGAACGGCCUGGUGCGAGAGCAGUAUUAAUUCACGAAAACGUUGAUCAACCACGAGGUAUCGCUGUUGACCCUAGAAAAGGACUUUUAUUUUGGACUGAUUGGGGUCAGAAUCCACGUAUUGAAAGAGCGAAUAUGGAUGGUUCUGAGAGACGUGUGCUGGUAAAUUCGAAGAUUUACUGGCCGAAUACAAUUGCUCUAGAUUUGACAACCAAUCGUCUCUAUUUUGCCGAUAGUAAAUUGGACUAUAUUGAUUUCAUCAAUUAUGAUGGCACUGGUCGUACACAAGUGCUAUCAUCAACAAAGUUCGUCCAACAUCCGCAUUCUUUGGCAAUAUUCGAAGAUAUAAUUUACUACAGUGAUCGGCGACUGCAACGUCUCCAACUUUAUCCAAAAUAUCCAAAUGGUACAUCGAUAGAAUAUCAGUCACACACAUUCUCGAAAGCUCUUGGUGUUACUGCAGUACAUCCCGUUUUACAACCUCAUUUCGAGAAUCCUUGCAUUGCUAAUCCCUGUUCUGAUCUAUGUUUGAUCGGUAGAGAUAUGAAAAGCACAUGCAAAUGUCCAUUGGGUAAAAUUUUGGAUACAAGUGGUAGAAGUUGUAUCAGUGAUAUGAAACCAUUCUUGAUGCUUAUCCAGAAGACAAACAUCUUUGGCUUAUCUAUGGACGACGGGGUAAACGGGACAUCUUCACUUUGCGGAAUGAUACCAUUGGCUGGUCUCAGUAAUGCGUAUGAUGCAGACUAUGAUCCAGAAUCUGCAGAGAUAUUUUAUUUGGAACACGCAACAACGGGUCGAAUAAUUAGUCCUAAUAGUCUUCCAGAGUCGCGAAUUAUUCAAGUAAGAUCAUCUGCGACGAAUCGAACACAGAUAACUGCAUCACAAAUUCCGGAUGAUUCCUAUGCAAUGGCAAUGGACUGGAUCGGACGGAAUUUGUAUGUCGCAAAUAGAAUUUCGCAAACGAUUGAGGUGGUACGGACCAAAAAUAUGCAAUAUCGAGCAACUGUGCUGAAUAAUAAUCAGUCUCCUACAGCAGUAGCCAAUCCGGUUGCUUUAGCAGUCGAUUCUGAUCGUGGUCUUCUUUUCUGGUUGGACCGAGGUGGUGGUGCUGUUUUACCAAAAGUAGCCCGAGCUGAUUUGGAUGGCAAAAAUGCAUUGGUUAUUGUUUCAAAUGAUCUCACUGAACUAAACCAUUUAGCACUUGAUGCAGUUAAUCAGCGCUUAUACUUCUCAGAGUCAAAGGCUGGUAGGAUAUCAUUCGUGACCUAUGAUGGCCAAGAUCGUCGCUAUAUACUAAAUGAUGUUGGAAAACAACCACGUGGUAUUGCAUUCUUCAACAACCGGCUUUUUUAUGCAGACAGCGCAUUCGACAGUAUUGAAGUAACUACCCUAUCCGGUGAUGGUCAGCUAUCACAGUUUCAACACUUUAAGAAGGAUGUUGAUCAGCUGGUCAACAUCAAAGCUAUUUCUGGACGAAGUGCAGGACAUUCUCAUCCAUGUGGGACAAACAAUGGUAAUUGUGAACACUUAUGCAUUCCGAAAGUAUUUUCACAGCAUUAUUGCAUGUGUGCUACUGGUUAUGUUCUCGAGGGUACUACUCAAUGCAGACUUUUUGAUCAGUCAUUCUUGAUCGUAGCUACAAAGACACAGAUCACUGGAAUACCGUUGAAAGAAGAACAAAAGAGAUCAGUAGCGAUGGAACCCAUUGGCGGUGCGGCGAUCGCUGCAGUUGACUUUGAAUUCGAAAGCAAAUCUCUAUUCGUGGCAGAAACAUCGGGUCCGAAUCGGGGUAUCUAUAGGGUUACUUUGGGUAGUGGCGAAGUGAAGAAUAUUGUUCGGGAUAGUUUUGGCUCGUUCACAGUGCGAAGCAUCGCUCUCGAUUGGGUUAAUUAUAACUUAUACUUCAUCAAUGUUGAUUCGGAUCGGACUCACAUUGAAGUUUGUCAAUUAGAUGGUAAACAUCGUAAGAUCUUGCUCUCAACGAAGACUGAGACGCCAAGCUCUCUUGCUGUAGAUCCAGUUGGUAGAUAUUUGUACUGGGCUGACCAGGGCCAGAAACCUUCUAUUCAGCGAGCCUUCCUAGAUGGAAGUCAUCGACAGGUAAUUGUGCAUGAAAAUAUCGCUGAACCGACAGACUUAAUAGUUGAUCCCAAUAGUCAUAUGAUCUAUUGGACUGAUGCUAAACUUGAUGGGAUAUAUCGUGUUCGAGCUGAUGGUGGUCCUGUGGAAUUAGUACGAAGCGAUAUUGCUGCUGCAGCGGGCAUUUCAUUACUUGGACAGACAAUGUACUGGACGGAUAAUCGCUUAGAAAAAGUAUUCUCUGCAUCCAGUCGCCCCAACCAAACAUCAUUGUUAUUCUCACCAACGACGAUUGCUGCUGGUCUAGCCGACCUGGGAAAUAUUGUUGUGUUUGAUGAAUCAGUGCAGCCAAAGGCGUCAUCACCUUGUCAAAUAACUGAUAAUUUGAGGAAAACUCCGUGCACCCAACUUUGCUUUGCCUCCCCUGGCAGUCAAAGUCCUUUGUGCGCAUGCGCUCGUGGCGUACUGAAGGGGAGAACAUGUGAAGAACCGGAGACGUUCUUAAUGUUUGCGGAUGGUAACUACAUAGUGGAUACUCCGAUCGAGCCAGACGUGAAAGCAGCAAAUCCGUUAAAAGAAGCUUUGCCACAAAUUGAAAAUCUGCAAACAUUUGAUGUUGAUGUGAAUUUACGGCGCAUCUACAUGGUUACUGAGUCUUCAAAUGGCGCAAAUAUCUCCUGGUUUUCAAUGAAUCAGCCAGCUAAACGGAGACUCAUUUUUGGUCCUACAAAAAGCAAACUUGUUGAAUCAGUACGACAUAUUUCGGAUAUGAAACUUGACUGGUUGACGCACAAAAUAUAUUUCACAACUGGCAGGGGUGGUAAAGUAUACGUUAUGGAUAUACAAGGCGAACAUGCAGCUACAAUUGCAAACGGUGAUUGGACCUAUGCCUUGGCUCUCGAUCCAUGUGCCGGUUUCGUCUUCUGGUCCGAUAGUGGUUAUAAAAUAACUGGCGGUAUGUAUGAGCCACGAAUCGAACGUGCUAACAUGGCAGGUGGCGAUCGACAUAUAGUCUUAAAGGAGGGUGUAAGUUUACCUGCAGCGUUGGCCAUUGACCUCCGAGAACAGCGACUGUAUUGGGCUGAUAUCAACAAGCUUAACAUUGAAUCAUCGGAUUACGACGGCAAAAGCCGACGUACAGUUGGUGUUGGAUAUCGCGCUAAAAGUCUCGAUAUAUGGGGUCAAUGGUUGUAUAUGAGCGAUCCGCUUGCCAAUGGAAUAUUUCGCAUGAAUAAGAACUCUGGUAUCGAUUAUGAGAACGUAGUAUCAGAUCGACGGAUCCCAUCUACAUUACGAGUAGUUGCUUCCGAAGCGGAUACGCGAACUCGUAAUCAGUUUUGCAGUACGUCCAUAUCGGGUCUAUGCAAAAAGAACAAUGGCGGCUGUGAGCAGCUUUGCCAUAUAAUUGCAUCGGAUAGCGCAGUGACGGCUUCAAAGGUGCAAUGCGCUUGCAAUGAUUCUUUUGAACUUGUUACUGAACCUGGGAAGGACAUCGCUACUCAGUGUGUACCGCGAGAAGCUGUUCAAACGUGUCAAGCACCAUACAACUUCCAAUGUGGUGAUGGUUCUUGUAUUGCACUUAGCGCGACAUGUAACGGCAAGCAAGAUUGCACAGAUGGUUCGGAUGAGCAUUCAGCUUAUUGCAACACUCGGGUGUGUCCGGAACAGUAUUUCCUGUGCUCCAAUCGGCGUUGUAUCGAUGCUGAUCGUCAAUGCAAUAAUGUAGAUGACUGUGGUGAUAAUUCAGAUGAACUAGAUUGCACCGCCACCUCAUCUGCUUGUCCUUCUGGACAUUUCGAAUGCUCUAAUGGGCACUGCAUCAACAGUACCAAGGUGUGUGAUGGCCACAAUGAUUGUCAUGACGAAAAAGUGUCUGAUGAAAACAAGGAAACAUGUCCAGAUUUGCCUAUUGAUUGUCGUGGAGUACGAAUACGUUGUCCAAAUACGAACAUUUGUAUUCAGCCAGCGGAUCUUUGUGAUGGUUACGAUGAUUGUGGCGAUAAAGCAGAUGAAAAUAAACUUUUCUGCAUGAAUCAGCCAUGUGCUAUGCAUUAUGUUCGUUGUCCGAGCGGUCGGUGUAUACCGGAGACAUGGCAGUGUGACGGUGACAACGAUUGCGGUGAGAGCGCUUGGGAUGAAAAUCACACGAAUUGUACAGAUUCUGCCGGAAGGCGCAUUUGCCUGGGAGAGUAUUUGUUCCAGUGCGGUAACGGGAAAUGUAUCAGUCGAGCAUUCAUUUGUGAUGGCGAAGAUGACUGUGGCGAUGCGAGUGAUGAAAGUAUCAUUCAUAACUGUGGGAAUCGUACUUGUACUGAUCAGGAAUUUCAUUGCAAAUCAAACGUUCAUCUUACUCAACCGAAAUACGAGUGUAUACCGAAAGCAUGGCUCUGUGAUGGUGACGUUACCUGCGCAAAUGGCGAGGAUGAAAGCAAGGAAUUAUGCGGAGUGGAGAAAAAAGAUUGUAACAAAGGAGAAUUCAGAUGUGCCAACAAGCACUGUGUCCGUGCAUCAUGGGAAUGUGAUGGCGACAACGAUUGUCUGGAUGGCUCCGACGAGCACGCCAACUGUACUUACUCACAAUGUCAACCUGAGUUCUGGCAAUGUGCAAAUAACAAAUGCAUCCCCAACUCAUGGAAAUGUGAUGGAAAUGAUGAUUGCGAUGAUGGUAGUGAUGAGAAGGAGUGCGCUAAUAAGAGUGGUUCAGACUUGAUGGCGAGUGGUUGUCCUGCUGGACAGUUCCGCUGCAGGAAUGGGGAAUGUAUAGUGACAGCGAAAGUAUGCGAUCGAGUUUACGAUUGUCUGGAUAGAUCCGAUGAAUCGUCAAAAUGUUUUAUUAACGAAUGUAUCGUUGCGGAAAAACCAUUGUGCGAACAAAAAUGCGUUGAUUUGCCGAUCGAUUAUCGUUGUGAUUGUUUCGACGGGUUUGCCCUCGACAUGGAUGACAAAAAAUCAUGCCAUGACAUCGAUGAAUGUGAAACUGGGCUUGGGCGGUGCAGUCAAAAAUGCGAAAACAAAGUUGGUAGUUAUAAAUGUUGGUGCGUUGAUGGAUAUGCUAUAUUAAGUGAUGAUCGCACAUGCAAACGAGUUAGUACGGAUCCCGAACCAUGGUUACUAUUUGCAAAUAAGCACUAUGUACGGAAGCUCACGUUAGAUGGAGAAAAUUACGAGUUAGUAGCUCGGGGAUUCGAAAAUGUUAUAUCGAUGGAUAUCGACAUGAAAGAAGAAAAAGUGUAUCUUGUGGAUUCCGGUAAACUUAGACUCUAUAGAGUUGGUAUGGAAGAGCUGGAUCAACCGAUUGACUCUUAUGAGGUCGUUCUGAGGCAUAAUGUUUUUGGUACUGAAGGCAUUGCAAUUGACUGGAUUGGGCGCAAACUGUACAUGUUGAACCGACAGGAACGUUCGCUGCGCGUUUGUGAAUUGGAUGGCCGUUAUUGUAGAACACUUAUUCGUGAUCGUAUAGCUCAACCGAAGGCAAUAGUAAUACAUCCUGAAAAAGGCUAUCUAUAUUUUACGGAAUGGAGUCUGCAAGCAUACAUUGGUCGAGUAUCACUGGAUGGCUCUCCACAGCUAUCUGAUCCAGUUGAAAAACUUGCUGAAAAUGAUCUUGGCUGGCCAAAUGCCCUUGCUAUUGAUUUCUUUGCUGAUAAACUCUUUUGGGCGGAUGCGCACUUAAAUGAAAUUGGCUUCAUGGAUUUGAAUGGCGGGACCAGACAUCAUAUCCCAGCAAAACGCACGUCUCACAUUUCAUCGAUGACUGUAUUCGAUGAUUAUUUGUUCUGGUCAGAUUGGAACUUACGCGAAAUUAUUAGAGCGGAUAAGUGGACUGGCAUGAACGAAACGGUACUCAAAGUGACGACACAAUUACCAAGUGAUAUCAGGGUUAUUCACCCAUUCCGACAACCAAAAUAUAAGAAUCCAUGCGGCGAUGACAACGGCGGGUGUUCUCACUUAUGUUUGUUAUCUGCUUACGAUCCUGGUUUUACAUGUUCUUGCCCUGAUCAGUUCGUUCUUCUUACUGAUAAUAAAACGUGUGAACCUCAGUGCACUGAUCGACAGUUUGCGUGUGGUGGGGAUGACGCGAAGUGUAUUCCAAAACUUUGGUACUGUGACGGAGAGCCAGAUUGCCGUGAUGGCAGCGACGAACCUGGGAAAGAUAUUUGCGGACCCAGAAUUUGUGUCGUUGGCGAAUUUCAAUGCAACAAUCACAACUGCACACGACCGUUCCAACUUUGUGAUGGCAACGAUGACUGCGGUGAUGGUUCCGAUGAGGUAGAAUGUGAUAAACCGUGUGAUCCGUGGAUGUUCAAAUGUGCGGCGACCGGUAAGUGCAUUCCGAAAAGGUUCAUUUGUGAUGGAGACGAUGACUGUGGCGAUCGAUCUGAUGAAACAGAUGUCAUAUGCAAAAAUAAAGAGCGGAACUGCACUGCGGAAGAAUUUCGUUGCUCUAAUCACAAAUGUAUACCGAAGAUGUGGAAGUGUGACAACGACGAUGAUUGCGGUGAUGGUUCAGAUGAGCCUCCAGAAUGCACCAGUAUUGAAUGUCGCAAAGGGUGGACUCGAUGUUCCACUUCUUAUAGAUGCAUACCGAAUUGGGCGUUCUGUAAUGGACAGGAUGACUGCCGUGAUAACUCAGAUGAAAUAAUAGAUCGUUGUCCGGCUUGUGAUGAUAUUGGUGAAUUCCGAUGCGCUACAUCUGGAAAAUGUAUCCCAAAAAGAUGGAUGUGUGAUAGCGAAAAUGACUGUGGCGAUGAUUCCGACGAAACAGACGUUUCAUGUGGGGGCACAUCAAGACCCUGUUCAGAAUCUGAAUUUCGAUGUAGUGAUGGUCGUUGUAUUCCUGGAAAUAAGGUUUGCGAUGGUACCGUACAGUGCGCUGAUGGUAUAGAUGAAUCGCAGUGCAAAAUGCGUGAAUGUAAUGCAGGAUUCAUGAAGUGCGACGAUGGUACUUGUAUACCCGAACAUCGUUGGUGUGAUCGUCGACGCGAUUGUCCAAAUGCUUCUGAUGAAUCCCACUGCGAAAAUCAUCCAAACCGCCGUGAAUGUAGUCCGUUUGAAUUCGAAUGCGGCAAUUCAGUAUGUAUCCCGCGUAAAUUCAUUUGUGAUGGCGAUAACGACUGUGGUGAUAAUUCUGAUGAAACAAAUGAGCACUGCAAGAAUGCAGUGUGUGAUCCACCUCUUCGUUUCCGUUGUGCUCAUUCCAGACUUUGUCUGAAUAUUUUGCAGUUAUGUAACGGUAUCGAUGAUUGUGGACCAUUUGAUCAUUCAGAUGAGCAUCUGUCCAUGUGCAGCUCAUUCUCCGAGUAUGGCGAUUGCACCACCAAUCAGUUCAAGUGCACUAAUGGUAAAUGCAUCAAUGCAUCAUUGGCUUGUGACCACAACGACGACUGUGGCGAUGCUAGUGAUGAAAUUGGAUGUGCGAAAAGAAGAGGAAUUACGUGUGAAACAAAUAAUGAAAAUGGGAAUUGUAAGCAUUUGUGUACAGAUGUUACGAAUGGUUACUACUGUCAUUGUCGAGAUGGAUUUCAACCGAAUCCGGAUGAUCCCUAUGACUGCAUUGAUAUUGAUGAAUGUACGGGGAAUAAUACCUGUACUCAGAGCUGUCUGAAUACCAAAGGAUCAUAUCUUUGUCGAUGUCUCGAGGACUUCGAAAACAAUGUAGUUGUAGGAGCAAUGACUGGCAAGGAUUGCCGUGCCAAGGGCGAUCCACCGCUAAUAAUGGUAGCCGCAGAUGGUGAAGUAGUGCAAUUGAAUCUUGCACAUGCAGGUGAAACGAUUCGUCAUGCGGCGGGUGUGCUUGGUCAGAAUGAUAUCAUUGCACUGGACUUCGAUCCACGCAGAGGACUAAUGUUCUGGAUUGAUAGUCAGCAGCGCAAAGUUUACCGAUCCGCACUGCCCAAAGGCAAUCAGUCGCAUGCUGGCCAAGAGCUUAAUAUUAAUUUCAAGGAUUUGAAGUCUUCACCCUCCGCUCUUUCCAUUGAUUAUCUUACAGGGAAUAUAUAUUUCGCAGCAAUAUCAGAUGAGGAAGCUGCGGGAUUCAUAGCAAGGAAGAAAAGACAAGCGGAACAAGCAAGAAAUAAAGGCGGUGGAGGUACAAUCUAUUUGGCGAAGUCGGAUGGUCGUUAUUUACGAACUUUGAUUAAGGGACGGCUUCAUAUCCCAACUGCUGUUAUCACAUUACCACAGAUCGGAAGAAUAUGUUUUGCGGAUGCCGGAUUUGAUGCAAAAAUUGAAUGUGCUGAUAUGGAUGGAAAACAUCGUGACGUUAUUAUAAAAGACCUGAUUUAUUCGCCGACUUCAUUGACUGUUGAUGAAGGUAAAGACAAUCGAAUAUACUGGGCAGAUCCGAAGUAUCGCAAAGUGGAAUCAGUCUUACCAGAUGGUACGAGACGAACAACAGUCAUAGUGAAUAAUCGGAUGCCAUGGGCAAUAGAUGUAUUCGAGAACAAUCUCUAUUGGGCUUCCAAAGAAAGCCAAGAUUUAUUUGUACAGGAUAAGUUUGGUCGUGGUCGCGUCAGCGUGUUAGCUUCCAGUAUUCCAAAUGCACACAGUAUUCGCAUACAUCAGCGCUUUGCCCGUGACACGUCACGUGCUGUGUCAACAUGCUCGCGCGCUGCAUGCAGUCAUUUGUGUGCUGAACUGCCUCUAAAUACAUAUACAUGCUUAUGUCCUGAUGAAUCGCCACAGCUUGAGGACGGUUCAUGUGCCGGUACUAGAGUGGAUGAGCUGCCGAUUCCAAAGCAGUGUGAAUGUCAGAACGGUGGUAUAUGCCAGUUGGAUGGUUAUUGUGAUUGCGGUGACUUCGAAGGAGAACAAUGUCAGAAAGGUUCAACUGUAUCCCGACAGUUAAUUGGUCGGUUUGGUUCGAAUGCUCUGUUGGCAGCACUAUUGUUCAUUUCUUUGCUAGCCUGUGUUGCACUGAUGGUUCUGGUGGGAACGAACCUUUAUAGGAAGCGUUUGUUGCUAUUCAAAAAAAAUGAAGCCGCUGAUGGAGCUGUUUCAUUUCACGGAAAUAUCAUCUCAUUUAGCAAUCCUGUUCUGGAUCCCAAACCCAGCGAUACAACACCAGUGGAAUAUGGUAUGGUACAACUGCAAGCCGGGACUGUAGCUUCAUCGACAACAUUCUCAAAUCCAGUGUACGAGAUGGAAGAAUCAUCCGACGCUCAGUCGAUGGGGUCCUCUCCCUUAGUAGCGUCACUUACUGAAACAUCAACGCUGCAUGGCAACGCUGCAUCGCAGGCACACUCUUUUGCGUCCGUUGAUAUGAAACCUGAACUUUCUUCUUCUGUUAUUGCACCUCAUUCAGAUCUUAGGCCAAAUGCACCAAUACCGCCCAGGAGAAUGUUGAAGGAAGGGAAUGAUAAAAUGAUGGUUGCAAACAGUAACGAUGAGGUCACCGAUGUGUAGUUCGUUCACUCCUACUGUGAUAUUCACAUUUCAUGUCACUCUGUAUAAUAUUUGCUCGUUUUCUCCUUCCUAUUAUCUCCUCUUCUCGUUCCAUUUCUCUCAUUUAUGCGUUGUAACUAUCAUUGUUCGUAAUGUCUUUCGUUACGGAGAUUGAGCCGUUCUUUUUUUCCGAUAUCUUUGGUGUUUUUCUUUUGCUACACAUGCACCUACUCGGGUGCUUUUUGAGAAUUGACCGGUGAAAGUUUGACUGUCGUUUUGCAUGACACUGUUUCCAUGAAACAAAAUAUCCCCAAUUCGAAGCCUUCCGGUUCUCUCUUAUUUGAG